ACCAUAAUGCGGUCACACUGCUCGGUGCACAAGUGCGAGGAAGUUUUUCCGCGGAAAAAUGUCAUUAAUUAGCCAGACAAACAAAUCCCCAUGCUUGGCCCGCCACCAGUAGAAAGCAGAAUAUGUCCCCGCCUCGUUGUCACAGAGAAUCACGGACCACAGCCCUCGCGAACGCCCAGAAUCCGGAGGAGCAACACCGCGGAAGGAGCAGUUGCCCUUGGAUAUAUUACUAGCCAUGGAGCAAUCAGUGUCCGCUCGCUGGCUGCGACGCUACCGCGCCUUUUUCCUUAUCCUGCUUCUCAUCGUGGCCAUCCAGCUGUUCCUGGCAUACAAAUCCUUGGACAUUGUAAGUGGGGGCUCCGGAUCCGGGUUCGAUGCGGCUGAAUCGCCCGGCAGUCCACCUCCGCCACAGGCCCAAGCGCAGGAGCGGAUCCAUCCGCCCGCCAGGACCAAACUGACCGCCCAACAACUGGGUUUCCAGCCGGAAUGUGACAUCCUCUCCAGAGAGGCCAUCUCCGCCCUGCAGCGAGCCAAAACGAAAGACUGCCGAGAACAUAUCGCGCACAUUGCUUGUGCCAUUCAAGCGGGACGCUUCUAUGCUCCGCAACUCCGGAGCAGCUGUCCAGCGGGCAACUACACGGCCAAUGUAUCUCUUGGUUGCUACAAGGACGAGAAAGAUCGCCGUCUGCUCGCCGGCUAUUACAGCAGCUCUAAAACCUCAAAUUCGCCGGCCAAGUGCGUAGAGCUCUGCCUCCAAAGUGGCUAUCCCUAUGCUGGUGUGCAGUACGGAAGAGAGUGCUUCUGCGGUUUUGAUACGCCACCGAGUGCGGCAAAAUUACCGGACUCCAGCUGCAACACAAAGUGUCUUGGGAACGCCAAGGAGAUCUGUGGUGGUUUCUAUGCCAUGAACAUCUACGAGACAGGCAUAGCCAAAUUCAAUGCCCAGGUGGCGGCCACCUCUCCUCCGGCGGGAACGAAGCGCGUGCGGAUCGCAUUUCUGCUGACGCUCAACGGCAGAGCGCUGCGUCAGGUGCAUCGACUGCUGAAGGCUCUCUAUGCUCCGGAACACGUAUACUACAUUCAUGUCGACGAGCGCCAGGAUUACCUUUACCGAAAGCUGCUGGAGUUAGAGUCCAAGUUCCCCAACAUCCGUUUGGCCCGCAAACGAUUCUCCACAAUAUGGGGAGGAGCCUCCCUGCUCACCAUGUUACUUCAGUGCAUGGAGGACCUUCUGCAAUCUAACUGGCACUGGGACUUUGUGAUCAACCUGAGCGAAAGCGAUUUUCCAGUGAAAACGCUUGACAAGUUGGUGGAUUUCCUGAGUGCGAAUCCAGGAAGGAAUUUCGUUAAGGGCCACGGCCGAGAGACGCAAAAAUUCAUCCAGAAGCAGGGAUUGGACAAGACCUUUGUUGAGUGCGAUACGCACAUGUGGAGGAUAGGAGAUCGCAAGCUGCCAGCGGGAAUUCAAGUGGAUGGAGGAAGCGACUGGGUGGCGCUAUCACGUAAUUUCGUGUCUUAUGUCACACAUCCCAAGGAGGACGACGAGCUACUGCAGGCUCUUCUCAAGCUCUUCAGGCACACCCUUCUUCCGGCGGAGUCCUUUUUCCACACGGUGCUUAGGAACACCAAGCACUGCACUAGCUAUGUGGACAACAACCUGCACGUGACCAACUGGAAAAGGAAGCAGGGCUGCAAGUGUCAAUACAAGCACGUGGUGGAUUGGUGCGGAUGCAGCCCGAAUGAUUUCAAGCCCGAGGAUUGGACUAGGCUGCAGGCCACGGAACAGAAGUCGCUAUUCUUCGCACGAAAGUUCGAGCCUGUAAUAAAUCAGGCUGUGCUGUUGCAACUGGAGGAGUGGCUCUACGGACCGUACACCAGCGAGUAUGCCAAUCUGCACGGCUACUGGCAGUCGCUGUAUCACCAUGAAGAUGUCCAUGGAUCGGGCGAUGAUUUGGCCAGGAGCAUUGGGGACAGCGUAAUGCGUCUUUCAGCUCGUCAGGCUAAAUUGGAUGCCCUGGAGCUCAUAGAACUCACCCACUACCUCCACCGGGACCAGUACAAGGGAUUCCUGGUGCGCUAUAGAGCAAGAGGAUCUUCUGGGAAACCACUUCACGUGGAGACCCGAAUUCGUCCGGUGCAGCAAGGAAAGCUGGCGAGGAACGCGCGCUUUAGCAAGAGAUUACGUAACUUUGAGGUCUCGACGGACUUCGAUCAGAAGGAACAGGUGGCCCGAAACUUUGGCAAGCUUUUGGGCCCCCAAAGCGACCUGCUUCUUAGCUAUACACUCCAGGCAUCUGCGGAUUCGGCCGUAGAGUCCCACUCCUACAACCUCACCCUGCUGUGGAUCGACCCGCUGGGUCGCCUACAGGACUUUAACGAACUGCAUAUCGAGGAUUCCACCAGCGAUGUGAUAAACCACUCGAAAACCUUGCUCAAGCAUCCAAUCACCCCCGGAAUCUGGACCACCAAGUUAAUAGGCCGCAACUCAAUUUAUGCGCAGCUCAAGUUCCUGAUAUCGCCACUGGCAUACUUCAAAGGAUAUCCCUUAGAGAAAUCGUCAGAAGCUGCUGUGCUCAACGCUGGAUUGGCCGUGGCGUUGCCAGAGGAUUUCGAAAUGCCUGUGGAGUGGCAGCAACAUCUCCACACGGACGACGAGCAGUUCACCAUGCGCGAGGAAUCCCUAGCGAAGGGACGGAUGGUGGGACAGGACCUGCACAGCUGGAUUGACGGACUGGUAGCACAGUUCUUUCAACUCCGCGAGAGCUGCGUCGUGGAGAUGGACUCGGAGAUCUCUCUGCCCCUCUGUAGCGAGGUCGCCUGGAGUUCACUAGCCCCCGAUCCAAAGAGCGAUGUGGAUGCUCUGCUCAAAUGAGCCCUUGCCAUUCAUUACUUUUGUUAUUAAUUCUCUAGUGUAAAUACUCGCCAAGAUCUAGAUGCCGAUCCACAAUUAACCAAUUUUUUAUAGCUCCUUUUUCUUCUUAACGUUUUCGUAUAGAUUGUUGUGAUAAUUGUGAACUUUUAAGCGCCAUCUUGACUCGACGCGGAACUCCGCCGCUCCAAUUGUAAUUUGAUUUUUUUCAAUAAUAGGGCAUAGCAUUUUUGAUGUAGUUAAGUUAGUUAGGUUUGAACGCCUUGUAAAUACGCAACGCACUGGACACCAAAAGAUCGCAUUGCAGCCAAAAAUCGUGGAGGUUAUCCGGAGUUAACUCUGUACAUAAGGUUAGCUAGACGCAAUUCCUUAACUAAGUCAUAAGCUAGGGCACCACCAGAUAGCAAUUGAAUCCGUUGUAUUCACAAAGUUUCUUCGAUUUUUUGAUUCACAUAUCAAGUUAUCCAAAAUAAAUGAGCAAUUCUACAUGUACUAAAA